GGCUAAAAAUCAGUGAUGUGUUUGCAGCAGGCGGACAGCGAGGGGACACUGAACGGGGCCGACAGCUUGGGCUCGGCAGGGGGCAGCAGUACGCUCGCGUCCUCCGUCAUCGAGGUGCAGUCUGAGCAGGCCGAGCAGCACCACAAGCAGGAAGAAGAGAAGGAUGUAACAAAAAGCUUAGAAUUUGGUAUGGAGGAAGAUGACGAUGAGGAGUUAGCCGCCCUCUGUGCUCCUCCUGCUUUGUCCAUCACAGAGGAGAUCCUGGAGUUCAUCAACCAGAGCCGAGCGAGGGAUGAACUGGUUUCAAAGGAGCAGGUUCUGGACCAGGUCCCUGAGAACCAACCUACAACUCAUGAGAGGAAUUUCACCUGCCCGUUGCCUCCAGUGGCCUGCAGCCCAGAGCAGAUGUUCACAAUGCAACCCCAUCAGGAGGACGACACAAGUGUUGUAAAGCAGCUUACUGGCUCUGAAAAUGGACUUGAAAGAGAAAGUGCUACCACAGUCUAUGAAGAAGAGGAACAAGAAGUGGCUCCAGAGGCCAAGGUGGAAAGCGAGAUAGAUCUUAAGGCAAUGACAGAACAAAGCCAACACGGGAACACAGUCCCUACACCAACGCCUUCUUCCCCGGCACACUUGUAUUCUUCCAUACCAACCAUGGAGGCCAGCAAAGCAAGCGAUCACUCCCAGCAGGAGGAGACCGUCGACUGCUGCACAAACUCAGAAGAGUAUCAUCAGCCCACAAAAAGCCAUAAAGCAAAAAGAGCCUCUGCUCUUUCCAACCGUGACAAGAGGAUCAUUGAAAAAAUCAGGAGCUACUACGAGGCCGCUGCUGAGUUGGAGGAGGAUGAAUCAGGUGAAGAAGCCAGAGAAGGAGAAGGCGAGUUGUCUUCCAGGAGGAACAGUUUCUCGCAGAUCCCCAUGGGUCUAGUGAAAAAAUCAGUGUCACAGUUUGAUCUUAGUGGUUGCCAACCAGGGGACGAGAAGCAGACAACUGAACCAACCCAAACAGAAACUGGCCGUGAAGUAACGCCUUCUACCUCUCUCCAACCUGUAGACCAUACUGAGGAUCACGAGGCACUCGCUGAUACACCCUUAAUCGUCAUGGAUUUGAAAGAUGAAGAAAAAAAUCUUGCUAACAAGUUACCAACUUCCAUCCAGUUGGAAGAAAACGAGACUCAAAAUGAGUCUAUCACCAUCAAGCCUGCUGAAACUGGGAAAGAGAUUGAGGAGGAUAAUGGAAUCAUCUGCAAAGAACAGUCAGAUAAAGAACUAAAUGAGGGAGCAGAGAACAGUAAAGAUGAAAGUUUACAGCAAGAAGAUGUAGGCCUAAACACAGAGAAUAGUGGAAUAAGUGUGGGGGUGCCUUUGGAGCAGAUAGCUAUGACUGAGUCCGAAUAUAACCUAAAAGAACCUAUUGAACCACUGGGAAGUUUGAAAAAAUCCUCUAGACCUCUUUCAGAAACCCCAUCAUGUCAAAAAUCUGCAUCCACUUCGACUAGAACCAAGACAAGUAAAAACCUUGAAGAACUUCCCAGUCAAAUUGUAGUUGGACGAGGUUCCCGGCCGUCCAAGAUCGUCACCACGAACCGGGCCUUGUUUGAGGGCAAGUUAUCAGACAUCACAGCAAUUGGGUUAUUUGAGGCUAACCCUGUAGCAGACCCCUCGUUGAUGGAGAACUCUGAGCGUAUCCUCAGCAAAGUCCAAACAUUGGCCCGCAUGUACAGUGCCAAAGCCAGCACCAUGAAGGUUCCAUUGCAUCAAAAACGGGCCAUUUAUGUUCGGAACAAAAUUGGAGAUUUGACUGAACUAUCUGGUGUUUCGACUCAGACCAAAAGCCAAACUCUGUGGGAUUUUCACAAUAAAUGUAAAACGCAAAUGAAUAAACAGCCAAAGUUUGACCAAAUAAGUCCUAGACCGACUGAUGCUGAGCCCAAAACCAAAUCGGACACCAAAACCGAAGAACAAAGACUCUUACAGACCAAAGUUCAGAGUGAUAUCAUCACAUAUCAGACAUCACCAUCCGAUCAUCAGACUGGGAAUAAUUCACAAGUCCUUGGCGGAGUACAGAAUUACACCAAACCUAACAGCAACAAGGAGAACCAUAUUGUGACACAGAAGGAAAAAAGGAGUGUGGAGGAGAAUAUUAGCACACAAGCACAGAACAAAAGUAAUGAGGUCCAGGAGAAGGUGGUGCCCAAUGACCAACUUGUGUUUGUCAAAGACCAGCAAAACACAACAAAUGGAUUCAUCCUGUACCGGCCCAGGGAUUUCAUCUCAGCUCUGAACAAAGACCAAGACCAACGUAUGGAGAGUAGACAUUCUGAGACAUCGGUCACACCAGACAAAAUGCCACCUAUUUCCCCAAGAAUUUCUUCAUCCAGUGUCAACCAGGCCACCAGUAACACCAUCAGGUCAGAGCCGAGUGGAAGAACCAAUGUUUACACAGAAGACUGUCCAUCUGUUUACAGCAUUGGUCAUGAUCUGUCUGCUCACUUAGCAGAUGGAAGUAUUUCCAAAGACACAGCUGCUCAGUAUGAGUAUAAACAGGAUUUACCAGCUCAUAAAGAAAACCAUGUUCCAGCAUUCCAGAUCCCUCCAAAGUAUAGUGAGAGCACAACGCAACCAAGCCAAGACAUACACAAUGUUGGCACAGAGUCCGAGUACUUUGUCUGCACUGGACGCAGGGAUGGAGAGUCAAGCCCACCAGAGUUAUCAUCAACACACAGCCUGACGCCAUCUCAAUGCCACACUUUAGUUUUGCAAGAACCCAAACAGCCGGCAGGGGAUCCUCCGAAAGAAUCUGUAAACAUGCUAGAAGGAGGAUUUGGAGUUCUCUCUGUCUCUGGGCCCUCAAGCAAACAACAUCUCAAAGCGAUUAGUAAUUCAAAGAAUUCAUCACAUACAUUUACAUCUUCCCCAGAGCUCAACAUUUCUAGACCAGCAUUCCUGAGACAUCCAGGGGGACCCAGGGGUCCAAGUCCAGUGCCGUUACUGGAAUCAAAUGCUUCCCGACCACAACCUCCAACAAUGCUGUUUGAUUAUGGUGAAGUUCUCUUCCCAGACUUGACCUGGAAACCAGACUACAAGUGUCCAGGAUCGCGCAUGUCAACUCCUGCCACACAAUGCUGCUCUCCUUCCCAGGCCUUAUCAGAUGUGUGUGAGACAUCAAAACCAACCAAAGCCACACCAGACCAGGACACAGAUGUCAGAAGGUCCUCUCCUGCCUUCCGGCCAAGCCUCAAACUCACAUCUCAUUCUCCCCUCUCACCAAACCUCACACCAACCUCCUUCCCUGCCAGAGCACCGACUUGUUCCUCACCUUUCAGAGCUAUUCCAUUAUCUUCUCCCACCCUGUGUAACGAAAGCUUUGUUCCUUCAUAUACUGUUUCACAAACUCCCACCUCUUUCCCUGCCCUUCAAUCUUCUGGAAAGAGCUUUCCCAAGCGAACUAAUCCUGCCUCCUCUCUGACACCGUCCUCUGCUUUCAGUGGGAGAUCUUCUUCCAUGGAAGCAGGACCUUCUUCCUCCUCUACAAUCUCCUCCUCCCUCCACUCUCCGCCUUGCUCCUCUCCCGUUUUGUCUUCCUCCACAUUCACAAGAUCUUUAGCUGCCUCCUGUAUCAGUCAGUCCAUUAGUCAAAGUUUGGCAAAAAAAACCAGUGUCAGACAGCAAGUCCAAACUUCAACCACACGAAAUCCCUCCUCCUCACCAUCCCUACCAUCUUCUCACCUACCACGGUGCUCCCCAUCGCCUCGACUCCCUCCUAGCCGGGAAGGUUGCACCACACCAGCGUAUUCCCAUUUGGGUUGCACAAUAGAUGAGAAUCAACAUCCACGCUAUCUUCCAUCUUCUCUGCGCUCCACCUGUCUUUCUCCAUCAUCUGCUCCCUCACCUCUUCACUCUCUCGCUAAAAGCGCUUCUUCUUUUCCACAUAAUAGACAGGGUCAUCAGACAUCUUUGUCAACCACCUAUGCUCCAUUUCAUCAGUCCCUCAACCACCAAAUGGACUCAUCACAGAAUGUCAACAACAGCAAUAAUGUUAGCUUGCCUGCAUUCAAUACGACACACUUCAACAAUACAAGCGCUAUUUAUGAUCUUAGCAACAGGCAUUGGUCAGCCAGUCCACAGAAGAUGCAGUUAGGUAAUGGCAGCACCAGUAACACCGCUGCACAACAAACCAAUGAUAAUUUGUCGUUUGGGUCGCACAACCGCGUAGCACGUCCUUUUUCUGCAUCCGAGCCAAACUCAAGGGUCCAAUCUCCAUCCCAAUGUGUGAGCCCUGCUUCGUUUAAUGGCCUCUGCUCCCCUCCUCCCCCACACAAUUACUCCUCCCACAUGGCAAACAGGCCUCCCCAUCCCAGAGGUUCACGGAUGGGAGGUGCGAGUUAUCAUAAUCCAUUAGGUCUAACAUUGGAGAUUCCUGAGAUCUCCGCAGCAAGUCAGACUUCCCCACAAUUCAGCCCUCAAAUCCUCUCCCCGCCUCCUAUCGGUGUGUCUGUUUGGACUUGUGAUGUCGCAGUGCCCCAACCCCGAAAUCCACAAAUCACCUCCCCUUCUCUGUCCUUUUCCUGUUCAGGCCAACAAAGCCCGGCAAAUGCCUACUUCCCCAUUUCCCAUCCUCCUUCUGCCCCUCUGCACAAUUUAAUAAGAGCUGCAUCGCCCCCUGGCCCUUUUGCAUUCCCCAAAAAGCCCCAUACCCUACAAAGGUCUCUUUCCAAUCUGUCGGACAGAUCUACUAGCCCAACGCAGAGUAGACAUGGCGGACUGCGAAGUCAUAGGUCUCUCGGCUUUACCGGUAAUUACCAAGAUUCUUACGACCAGCAGUCUGGUCCAACCAGUCCAAGGAGUGCACGGUCAUCCUAUGACAGUUCACCAUCUGGCUUCAGCCCUCGAGAAGAACUUCAGUCUCCAGUUUCACCCAGAAGAUUUAUCCCCACGGGGGGCAACCUUGGUAGGCAGCAUUUCACCAGUGAACCUAGGCUGGAUGGACAGGUGCUUUGUAACAAGUAUAAUGGAAGUGGUUCCUGCACUUCUUCUCUAACCUCAUUUUCUCAGUCCCUCGACUGCUCUCUGGCUGUACCAGUCAGUCAAGCUCAAUGGGAAGAUCCAGAGGUGGAAGAGGGGAAUUGUCGGAGCCAGCUGAUUUAUGCCUAUGUUGGCGGACCUCCGCGAGACCCAAACUUCUACGUUUCCUCCCUUUCCUCACCUCCAGCUGCCCACCACCAAUCCCAACUCAAAGCACCUCAUCAGGUCCCAGUAGCCAACGUAGGCGCUUCUGUACAGCCAAUAGCUUCAUCUCCGACCAAAGUGUCCAGCCUGAAGACGAGCUACGCCACAACAGUCAACCUCCAGAUUGCAGGGAGUGGUCGAAUAACAUCCUUCAGCACCGCCCACGUGAGUGUGAGCCAACCCUUGCAGGUUGGAUCAGGAUCUGGAGAACUUCAGAUAGGAAGACGAGUCAGCAUUAAUGGACUGUCACACACGUCUUCUCCUCUUCCUCAUAACUGUAGCCAGCAAUUAUGAAGAGACUUUCUGUCUACCAUCUGUUGAUGAGGCCAAAGUGAACGUUUUCAGUCUCCCAGUGGCCACAUUGGAACAGUGAAAUGUUUGAGGGCUUGCCAAGACCCAAAAGCCGUGUCAAUUCUAGGAGACAAUGAGUCAGGUGAAACAUCCUCUUCAUUGUGGAAAAAAGCACGUAAAAAAGCACACAAACAUUGAAUAUUUUUGGAGCAGAUGUGGGCAUCUAAGGGGUGGAAGGUUUACUCCUAGUUUGAUGUCCAGUUAUUAUAUAGAAUGAAAACCAUUUUUUCUUAGAUCUUUAAGUCUUUGAUGUCAGAUACAGUGAAGGUCCAACAGAUGCAUUGAAUUUGUGUAACAUUAUUAUUAUUAUUAUUAUUAUUAUUGUUUUGUUUUAUUCCAUAAAAAAAACACUUUUUGGGACUUCUGGGUUGUGAAUUAAUUAACCGAUUGUAUUCCGGUUAUUUUAUUGUUUAUUUAUGAAUGGCACUUAAUAACUUUCAAGUCAAGUUGAUGAUUUGCACAAUGUGCUCAGCUCUUUGGUGCAUACUUAAGCCGUGUUGUUUGUGUUGGAAAUGACACGUCUGGAAAGUUCAGACCAAGCCAUGUGUUUGCAACAGCAGAAUGACUAAAAAGAUUUAUUUUACAACAUUUAUUCCCGAUUACUGUAAAAGCUUAAGGCUGGUCCGAGCUGCAGUCUAGCCGUGUGCAAGAAUUCCUUCGGUGCUAAAAACCCAGUGUUGUUCAGGUUUGAAGUAAGUCAGUUGUGAGUAAAAGAAAGGAAUGAUAAACACAUUUAAAGGAAUGGCGACACAUUUCUUCCGUCUCAUCAUCGUCGUUGAGAAAAGAGCAUGUGUGUGCAAGUACCAACAAGGAUUGAUAGGAUCUAAUUGCCCUGCCAAGUAUGUGGAUAACCGGGGUAGAAAAGACCUGCAGCAGUGAUUCAUUCACUUUUUGGAUGUCAAAUAUUGUCUGGAAUCUGAUUGCUGUUGGCACACUGAGACAAUGUCAUGUUCAAAACAAAAAAGGGAAAGAUUGAUGUGACAAUGUGAGUAAGUCCACGAGAUGUACGACCAAUAAAGGUGUG